AUGUACAUCCUGGGUUGUGUUUCACUCCGUUGGUCAGACAGUCAGCAGGAAGACAGCAUGGAGGUCCCAGCUCUCUGCGUCACACUGUGGACGGACGUGUUGCUCUUGCUGCUUGUGAGAGUCGACCACAGUUGCUUUGCUCAGAAAGCUGAUUUUCCGGCUUUUCCUCGCGUUCUUCCAGACAGACUGCAGUUUUUUGAGUAUGUGUCCGUCAGGGUGAUCUGUCAGGAGUCAGGAUGGCGAGUGAUGAGGAGGCUCAACAACAGAAGUCGGGCAGAUUCUUACACCUGGAACUCGUCAGCACCGUCCCGCACCAUCGAUCCUACCUUUGAAAGUCAGAGUGGAUCGUACUGGUGUGAAGAUGCAGAGGGGAACACGAGCAACGCUGUCAACAUCUCCAUCGUCAAUCCUGCUUCUGUGAUCCUGGAGGUUCCUGCCAGUCCCGUUUCCGAGGGAGACAACGUGAGUCUUUACUGUAGAAAGAAGGAUGGUCGGUCAAAUCACAUCCCUGAUUUCUACAAAGAUGGCUCCACGCUCGGGACUCAGUAUUCAGGCAAGAUGACCAUUCGAAAUGUUUCCAAGUCGGAUGAAGGACUCUACAAGUGCAGCAUCCCUAAAGCCGGGGAGUCGCCCCAGAGCUGGCUGGCUGUUUCAAAAGGACGUAAAGGGGACGGAGACAUGUUUAAUAACUCCGUUCCAGCAGCCGACAAAGAGACCGGUCCUUCUGGUCGCCCCCCUAGUCUGCCCAUCCUGGUCUGGAUUGGUGUCGGUGUUUCAUUGGGGGCUCUGAUCCUGUUGGGGAUGGGACUUCUUCUCAGUAGGAAACACAGAGUGUUUGGCUGUUUGUCGUCUAAUAAACCAGAACCAGGAUCGCACUCCCCCGCUGAUCCCACAGAUUCAGGAGAGAGGAUCGCUAUUCAACAUCACGCAACAUACGCUGUUGUCAAAAAACAAAGAAGAGAGAAAGUGUGUGAUGGCGACCACGCCGGGGAUCUGGAACUUGUGACAUAUGCUGCUGUUAAAAAACAAAGGAAGAAGAAAGAGCCGAGCGGGUCCAGAUCUGGUUCCAAGGGGCGUCUAACGGACGACAGUGCCGUCUAUUCUACAAUCAACUACCGGCCACAUGCACCCGACUGAAGCACCGAGGGGGGGGCGUUCAAAGGUCUACUUCUGUAUUUAAGUCAGGAAGUCACACUGUAAGGUCACACUUUUGAAAUCAAUUACACAGAAGAUUUGGUGUCUUUCGGUUAUCAAUACUGUAAAUUUAAUCAUAAAGUGAUUUUAAUGUCAAAAAGUAUCUUCAAAGUCUCUAAACCCAGCAGUGGAUGCACAGAAACAAACA